UCUUGGGGGCUUUGGCGACAAGCCAAUGGAUUCCAAGGUCUCGCAGUACUUGGCGACACUCAACAGCGAGGCAGAGGAAGCUCUCAAGGGAUCCGAGACGGAUUUAGGCGUGACCGUCGACGAUCUAUCGGGCUUUUGCAGUCAGCUGGUGUCCGAUGAGGAUUUCGCCUUCGCCGCCUCCGCCGUCUUCGACAGGGAUACAGGGAUUUUCUGCGUCGUCGACAGGCUCAGGAUUUCUCGGGAGAGGAGCGUCCACAAGGCGCGGGAGAAGUGCCUGGUGUUUCUGGGGGAAUUUGUGCGAAGUGUCGGCCCGGAGCGAGCCUCCUUGUAUUGUUCCUUGAUCAAGGAGAAUGCGCUGAGAAUACUUCGCAUUGACGAGACGCGAUCGGUGCAAGCAGCUGCGCUGGCUCCGAUCAUUUCCUUGUUUGAGAUCGGGGUUCUUCGGGCUGGCAACGCUACGAGCGACGGAUUGAUGGACUGGAAAGUUGCUGAAAUGCUGCUAGCGGAGUUUCGGAAAGCUAAAACUUCUGGUUCUUUGAGAGCAAAUAUACUCAUCACACUUGGCUACUCAAUCGAGCUCUUUCCAUCUCUUUAUGAUGAUGGCAAUGUGAGCACUGUUCUCCGCCUUUGUUUAAAUACCCUGGAAGAACAGCUUAAGCAGUCCGGGAAAGAUGUCACCUUCGUGCUCAUUGCAGGUGCCGUCAAGUGCCUUGAUUCGUUGCUUCAGUGGUUCGAUGACACAGUGCCGGCUGGUGGAACUAUUGAGAAUUCGAAGAGAGCGUAUGCUUAUCUGGAGCAAGUUCUCUACUACAGGGAAGACAUGAAACGAUACGAAAUGAUUCGAGCUGGAUUACGGCUUCUCGCAAGACAUGCAUGGCGUUUUCGACUUGCGCUUUUCAAGAACAGUGGAGAUUUAUUGAAGUGGCUGCAAAUAUAUUGCCUACAUGGCAAUGCUAGUUUAAGAUCGGCAGCCUUACCUGCAUACGACCAGUUUGUAUCACAGAUCUCGAGCUGCUUGAUCUCUGAUGAUCGCCGAAUAGAAGAUCCGGACCGAACCUACAAGGCAUUAAUGAAGCACAUGCUUGACACACUUGAGUCCAGGCAAGAUAACCCGAAGCUUGUAUCGCUGGCUAUUCGGGGCAUCGGAAAGCUUGCAGGACCUAUCGUAAAAUAUUCUGGGAAAUCUGAUCUUGAGAAAGCCUUUCAAAGACUAGUCCCUUUUGUUGGAAGUUUCUCCAGAGGUGGUGAUAGUCAUGAAGAAUUAGGAUACGCGGUGACCGUAGUAGGUGCAUUUGCGAAUAUCGUUGUAUAUAUUGACCGGGUGGAAGAUUUCAUGGUUUCAUUGAUUACCGAGGUUACUGGUCGUAUAUUUUUCCAGUACCCUUCCUUAUUUCCUAAGCAACGGGUGGCAAUUCAUAGCACCAUCAGCAGUCUUUUAAAGGCUUUGUAUCCGAAGGGGAAUCUUUUUGUCAUGUUCCUGAUGAAUGUUGUAUGGUCUUCUCUUGAUCGUGCAACAGAUACGGAUCCGGCGUCAGAUUUCUUGUGGAAGAGCUAUUGUGACCUUUGGUGCCAGAUCCUGACGAACAUUUCCGAGCCAUCACAUACGGAAAACUUACAAGAUGAUGAUGGCAUUGUGGGCGUCGAUCUCGCGGUGUUAAGCGUGAAUGUUUCCGAUCUUAAAACUACAAUUUUCGACUCGUUAAUCCGUAGUAUUAUGAAGCUGAUGAUGGAGCUCAACUUAAAGUAUAGGGUCAAAGACCUGAACAAGGCAAAUAGCUCGGAAUUUUCAGGACAAGAGCCGGAAGCUGAAGCUCCUAUAGAACCGUUGGACAAAAAUCAGAUGCUGAAAUAUCUGAACUUGGUGGAUUUUGUUCUUCGUCUGUUCGCAAGUGACCAUGCGUCUUUGAUGGAAAAGUGGAUUUUUCCGUUCUGUCGAUGUUUGAUCGAUCUCUCAAGGAAAUAUCCUCUUAUAAGCGGAUUCUACAAGCUUUUGGCUGCUGUGAUUAGUAUUGGUGAUCAGAAAGGCUACUUCGAGAAAGACCAGUCUUCUCAUGUAAUGAUCCAAGAAUUUUUACACGAGGUCCUAAUCACUAGCAGGCGCUAUAAACUCGAGCUUCUUGGUUCUUGUCUUCAUCUAUGUCUCUCGUGCCCUCCGACCCUUCUAGAUCUGGCAUCAAUAGUAAGGCCCUUGAAGCUGGCAUUAAAAAUUGGACUCAGAUAUCAUCCUUUGGCAAAUAUUGCGCUGGAUUCUCUCCAGCGGUGGUAUAACUUGCAUCCAAAAGAACUACAAAAGCAGUUACAGGACAUAGUCCCCUGUCUACGAGACUAUUUGUUUGAAGUAGCGGACUCCAGAAAGAAGACCAUGGAUUCUAAAACACUGAAGCUUUUAGAAAAAGAGAAAACAAAGGUUGUUACAUUCGAAGAUAUUCAAGUUCGCGUUCAACGUUUUAUUGGUCAAAUAGGGGCAUAUGGUCAUUUUCUUGUUCCUGACGCGAAUCUUUUGCAAUCUAGCGGGACGGGAGGAUUGUCCUGGGACGUGGUGGAUCGUAUUAAGUUUACAGUACCUUUAAGAGAUGAGAAGCUGGACAUUUGGCUUGACUGUUUGCUUCCCAGGAUUGUGGAAUUGGCCAAAUCUUCCAGCGACCGGAAAAUUAAAGUACUCUCGUCUGAGUUGCUGCAUGCAAUGUGUUUGCUUAUGCUGGGAAAUGCUGCAAAAGGCCCAUUACGAACCAGAAAUGACGAGACAAAUCUGGGAAACUAUGUGCAACUUUAUAGAAAGCUUUUUCCUUCUGUUCUUUGGCUUGCGACAGAUGUUGAACCGGUUACGCAACAACUUUUCAGUGAGUUCGCUAUGCAGUUGAUUCAUUGGAUGACAAGCAAUACUCAAAAGGAAAAUCCGGAAACUAUGGCCCUCUUAGACGCUAUACUUGAAGGACUUGUCGACGCUGAAAACGGUUCCAUGAGAGAAUUAUGCUCUCGAUGUUUUAGCGAGUUCUUGCGUUGGUCAAUUCGGCAUGCUCCUCCAGAGGCUAGUAACUUUGUGAAUGUGACGUCUAUGCUACGUCGCCUGUACAAUCGUAUGGACCAUCCAAGUCCUUACCAUCGACUUGGUGCAUCUAUGGCUGCCUAUCAAAUUUAUCCUAUCCUGCGGCAGAACUCAUCCAUUGUGGACCGCUACAUUUUUGAGCUUGCAUUUUUCCUCCUGAAAUCUUUACGCGUGGGUGAUACGGAUGCUGAGCAGAUUGGAACAAUAAAGCAAGCAUAUAAAGCUCUGGAUGGCAUUGAGAAGCUUAUUGUGCGAAAUAUUAGUUUGCUUCAGAAGAAUAAGAAGGACAGAGUGCUAUUCUGUACCUUGGAAGACUUCAUGACGUGGCUGUUCGAGCAAACAAAACUUAGUCACGAGAGGUGUCGCACGAAAUGUAUGGCCUUGUUAUCUGCGGUUUGUUCUGCCUUGCCGGGAGGAUCGUGCAUGCACUGGUUUCGCGAGAGGUUCACUGGCACCCAGCGCCUUCAUAUGUUAGCAGGUUUAUUCGAGAAACUGCCUUCGAAUAUAUUCACUGCAAAGUCAAUGCCUGAGCUUUCGACAGCUUUACAUUCUCUACACUGGUACCUAGGAGCUCAAAUGAUAGGUUUGGAGGAGAUUGAACCGCUCAGAACGCAGAUAUUUUCUCGGAUCAACCAGUUUGUAGAAGAGCUCCCUGCAAGGUGCAUUCCUCUGAAGGAAAAUGAUAGUGCAAUUCUGCAUCUGAUGGCUCUUUUCAAGGACAUUAUACAGAUGGGAAUAGGGGCGAGUGAGCCUUCAUCAGUUGAAACACCUUCUCGUGAUGACAAAGAAAAGCUUCUAGCUGAGAUCCUGCCGCUUCAUUAUGACAAGCUACAGCACCUAUUAUGCCUUCUGCUAUUUAAGCCAUCAGAAAUGACGACUUUCACACCAGAGUCAUCGGGUGCAGAAGAGCUUCGCAUGCUUGUUUCGAGCGUUCUUUGGUCAUUGACACGUAUAUCGUCUGGCUUCAAGGAUGGUUUAGUACAAGUUCUUCGGGAGAUGCUCAACACGUCCUCGGAGUUUGAUAUCUCAACGCUUGAACUUCAUCAGAUCACGGAAGGCAGACUCUCUCAAAGUAUGAACCUCGUAAAAGCGUAUCAGCAUUUGCAUACUGUGGGAGCCUUGGUUCCCACGCUGGGGAAGGAGAGGUCGGAGCAGCUCAGUGAACGGCUCUUGCAUACAGUAUACACCAUCAGCAAAGAACCAGUAUCACCGUUGGCCGAGCCACUUUACGUGGAGAUUAUACGACUGUCUGUAGCAUUACGGGUAGUAGUGGACCAACUUCUUCGUAUUGUGUUGGACAAGAACGGGGACACAGUCGACCGUGGCACCGACAGUGUAACUCCAGGAGGUAGAUUUUAUUUAAGCUUUCGAAAGGUGGUGGUCCAGCAAGUGAAGUUCUUCUACAAGAAAUGCCUACCCGUCCUGAUGAAGGAGUCCGUGAGGAAUGAAACGGCCAGGCUAAUCCUUCAUGCUGUUCUGGACGAGUAUCAAGGUGAAACGAUAACAAAAGGAAGCUUUGUGGGGGAAUUUCUCUUGCACCUUACGGAACUGCGACCAUGCUAUUUGGAUGGUAGCUCUGUCACGGACAAACAGUUUAUUGCGGGUAUUAUUCACAAGCUCUUGGUGCUGGAUAAAGCUUCAGUUGUCGGUGGCUCUCAACCGGCGUUCCAAUUUAUUCUGGAGGUGCUGUUCGCGUUUUUAAGUGCUACCACACUUGGAGUUUGGAGCGAGUGCGCAAUGCUGAGGAAGAGUGCUCUAUUGCUCGUCCCUUUUUUCCUGGAGGAGUCCAUGGACUCAAGCCUCCGUACCCGGCUGAUCGGUAGCUUGACAUCUCUUGUAACCAGCCAUCUUCUGGUAAGAGAAGCUGACCUUCCUGACGGUUCUAUGGAGAGAACAGACUAUCUGGGGACUCUCGACCUGCUGAUCGGUGCGAUAGUGUCGUCGAGAAACUUAGACGCUCUGGAGGUUCUAUUUCCGCUUCUUCAGAACCCGACAGGCCUCACAACGCCACCACUUUCUGAAGCGCUGCGAGCUUAUGCACAGAAUAUUGGAGACAAAAGAGUUGCUGCGUUCAGCUAUUGUAUGGACGUUUUGAAAGAUGCAACCAAACUUCCCAGGCUCAGAAAAGCAGUGCUGGACUACUUCUUCGUUCCUCUGAUCUGCUUGUCUCCGGUUGACACGCUUACGGGCUGGUUCACGCCUCGUGUAACCGAGCUCAUGGAUUCUCUCGGUCGGACAGUAAUGAGUCCAGACAUGGAAACGGAACAGGAGCUUUUACUUGCAAAGAUAUACAGCUAUACACUUCUGGAGCUGCUGUUUACUCAAGUUGACAAGGAAAGGAUCACAUUCUCUUAUCAGCAGUUGAUGAAGUUUGCAUCGAAUGACACCCGUGGGAAGAACGAUCCUAGAGUCUAUCCGUUUCAAGAGAAUGUGAGCUUUUGGCGUGAUCUACACGUAUCGGCAUACACCUGCUUGGCGGCCGUGGUAAUGUGCACGCAGAAAGACGAGAAGAUCUUCAAUCUGCUGUUCAAAGACGCUGGAAAUCCUCUGUGGCAACACCUCGUCGACUGCAGCAAAGUUUACAGUUCUUUUCCCGUUCAAACGAGCACACUGGUUGAGAGCCAUGCUAUCGUGAAGGGAAUCCGAGCCAUGAUCAAGGGACACGGGCCACGCCGUGGAACGUCUUCCAUGACACUCUCGUCGCAGUAUCUUGUUGGAAUGAGCACGAGCCAAGAACCGACUGUGAUCAGCAGCUUUGUCGGGGACAACAGUAUGGCAUCUUUACCAGAGACUGAUGAAAACGUAGAGCAAGCAGCAAACGAACAAACGGAGGAACACGUCGAGUUUGUGGCUCUGGAUCAAGACGAUUUCGAUCAGCAUCCAUGCAUGGGAGUUAUCCUCAGGCUUAUCGAUCAUUUGCAUUCGAGAUUUGGAAGUACAAGCAGCCAACAGAUGCCCGAGUGGAUGAAAUCUAUCCAUGCAACGCUGGAGAGCAGUUCAACUCAUGCAAACGUUCGGUUGUUUUUGGGGAAGGUGGUGGUGAAGGCCAGGAAAGUCUUUGCCAGGUUCUCAGACACGUUCUUCCAGCCGCUAGUGAACGUCAUUCUUCACGACCCGCCAACUACAGGAGGUUUCUCCUUUCACUACGUCCUUCGUGACAUCUCAAUCACAAUUCUUCAGUGGGAUGUCAAGGAGCCGACGGAUAGGCACACUGCUUCGAGGUUUAUUGAUCACUUGAUGGCAGUAGCAGCGCACGAGUCAAGCCAGGUUUUAAGAGCGAAUGUGGAGAUCAUCAAAGCAUUUAUACAGCUCUGGAAGGACCGCGUCAACAUUGACGGAAGGCUGAUUCUAAAGUAUCUUCAAGCUGGAGGCAAAAGCACGAACACUUCAGACAGGCAGCUCGCUAUUCAAAAGUCCGUGGGGCUGCAGCUGUUUGCGACAGUGGUGUCGUCCUCAGGAUCAGUAAACCAAGGACUCGAGAGGCUCGCUGUUGGACGCGAGGAUGUCUAUGAGACGCUUCUGAGCAAUCUAAAGCUAAAAGCGAAGGAAGUGUUUGCGGCUUCCGCGGACGUGCUUGGGAUGGUAUUAAGAGACAAAAGCGAGGAUACAGACUUAUCCGCCGUCGAGAACAAGUUCAAGCAGUUUUUCGUGUCAACCUUCAAGGAAAGAAACUACAGCAAGUGCCUUGUCAUAUUGGACCGCUUGACUUCCAAGUACCCUCCUUAUGUUGGAGCUUACAUUCAUGUGCUGAUCGACUUGCUGCCUCGGUUGCAUGGUCCUUCAAAGACAGUUGCGCUGGAUAUCCUACUUCGAGAUCCGGCCACAGCCAACAGCUACUUCAACAUGAUCGUCUCUUUUCUCUCAAAGCUUCUUCGUCACCGCGAUCCAAAAGGUCAGCUCCGGUCGCUACAACUUUUUGCGGAGGUGGUGAAAGGGGAGGCCGACCCGAAUAGCACUCAAAAGGUCGUUUUGGAGACUUGUGAUGCAUUCGUGCAUUACGAAACAGAGGAAUGCCGCUUGCAGUUCUACCAGAUGCUUAUGUUUCUUUAUGAAACGAAGAAGCUGCCGCACGAUAGCAGGAUCGCUCGAUUUUUGGUUCUGGGAUUGUGUGAUGUGGCCGACAGCGUGCGACAGAGUCUGCAAUCAUUCUGGGAUGCCCAGCUUCCGGAAAACAUGAUGGAGCGUUUCAGUCACGUCCUCAACAACAUGCACCUUCCGGAUAUCGAGAGCCACUGGACUUCGUUUACAAAUGUUUUGCUGCUCAAGCUGUGCCAGAGAUCAGUGGACUACCGACGUCCUAUCUUUAAUGCUCCUCUCUCCGAUUGUGAGUUUCAGGAGCGACAAAUUGAUUCCUCAGCGGUGGGGGGCAGCUUGCCAAUGACUCCCCUAUUCUCGGAAGCAGGAUCACUUCGCUCUAUGAAAGAAAGUCAGCUUGCCGAGGCUAAUGCAUCACUGGCUAUUGUCAACCAUGGUCGUGGAGGAUUGAUCCGAGCAACGGCAUCAUACACCCCGUCAAUGACAAUACUUGAGGGCAGUGACGAACCUGGACAGACUCAAAACGCAGCGGACGGAUCUCAAAACGUGGCGGUCGUUGAUCCUGUCACAAGGCUGAACCGGCGUUUGUACCACGUCAAGGAAUCCCGCGCUGGAACGCUGAGAAACGUUUUUAAUGCAACAAGGAAACGCAAGGCCUUGCAGUCAACUGAAGCUUUUGAACGUGCCAACAAGGUCCAGAUCAUGAGGCAAUACCGUACAGGUGAACUUCCUGAUAUUGAGAUCAAACACGAAGACAUUAUCGGCCCCAUGGGGUCACUGGCUGAGCGGGACGCAACGUUUGCUAGACUUUUACUAUCGAGUACCUUCGGGGCCUUCUGGCAGAACGAUGUUACGACAGUGAAGACUGAAAUCAGGACAGGCUUUGAGAACGCGCUAGAACGAACUCACAGCGAGAGCACAUUGGUCGGGACAAUCCAGGAUCUCUGUUUAAAAGAUAGAGACGCCUGGAUAAAGCCAGAAGUUGCCGGUUCCGCGAGCUACAACUCACAGAAUUUCCAUUCCGGCAUUCUGCUUCUGGAAAAGCAAAUUCUUCAUGGGACAAGACCGAACCUCAACGCUGCAAAAAGACACAGAGGGCCAUCGGUCCAAACCUCUCAAGAUAAUGCAGUUACAGAAGAAGCAUGGCUGGAACUUGCACGUCUUUACAACGCGAUUGGAGAGGACGAUUAUGUUUUAUCACUCUACCUGAACCGCCUCACGACGCAAAGUAUCAGCCAUCAGGCGCUGGAGUCCCAGGUUCGAGGAGAUACUGAUCGAGCUCUAGUGCUCUAUGACAAGGCUAUCAACGAGACUCCAGAAGGCACUGCUUCCAAAGUCGAGGAAGACUUGUGGUACAAUCAACGACUGGCGUGCCUCGUCGACUUGACCCGCUGGGGCGAAAUCAUGGAAGACGCUUUAUUGCAAGUGAAGAAUGAUGAGACCGAUGAGUAUGACCUGGAGAAGCUCUGGCAUCCGAAGCUUCAAGACCCGUACUUGGGACUCUUCGUGAAAGGAGCGUUAAAAGUUCCUACACAUCAAUCUUUGCUGACGAAAUUCCUGCAAACGUCUUUGGUGGAUUCCACCAGAAGGGACGUCCUUCUGCAACGAUUUGGCACACAAGUCGCGGCAUCUGCGGUUUUCAACGACGAGAUCGAUCAUGCUAGAUGCUACUUGGCCGAAUGUUACAAGACUUUCAGGAAGAGGUGGUCCGCUCUGCAUCCUCUCGCGACUGGCGCUAGGCGACUGCAAGUUCGUAUCCUACAAAGGGCUGUGGAACUGGAGGAGUUUGUCGAUUUUUCUUCGAGACCAGACCGGUCGAACAUUUCAAGGCUAUUGAGCAAAUGGCGCCAGCGUUGGCCCUCAACCGAGAGAGAUGACGUCGUAGCAUGGGAUGAUAUACUUCAAAACCGACUGGUGUUUCUACAGAAGCUCCAGGGCCUGUUUAAUACUACACCAGAGGCUAAGGCUGACCAAGCCAGGCAGAACUUCACCAAACAGCUUGACGAGGAGCGUGCCUUUGGGUUUCUUCAGGCUUCCAGGGGAGUGAUGAAACAGGGAGCCUACUGCGUUGCACAGAAAUAUAUGGACGAAUACGUGGCCGUGGCAGAGAAAACAAGCUUCAAUCCCACCGUUUUUAAACGGCUGGUCAAGCCUCGUUGUCUUCAAGCACUUCGCACGUCGGAAAGGGAUCCAAAGAGUGCCGCAGCAAUGCUAGAACAGGUGCUGGACUACGUUCGUAAGCAGGCAAGUAAGCCCAGCAUAUCGGGUUGUGAUGACUGGCGCAGAGUCACUAUGCUGGUGGAGAGCGACACUUCCGCGCAGCUCGGCCGAACGAAGCUGGACCUUUUGAUUGACAAGGACUUGGAUACGAACGCUCUAAGCCAGUCCAUGGCUCUCCUUGGUUCUGCUUACAAGACGUACUCAGAGUUGCUCCGCAAUGCCGACAGUGUGCCACCGUCUCGUGAAAUGGCCAGGACAUCGUUCAAGUUUGCAUGCUUCUGCGAUGAUCUUCUCAACACGGCAGACGACUCCAAGUGGAAGAGUGAGGUCAGGAGGAGCAUUCAAGACAGCAGGCAGUCGUUUGGAGUGACAAGCUUUUCGGUGUUUCGGGAAGCUAUGGUGACGAACAUGCUGCGGACAUUGUCGAUGGAUGCUUCAGUCGGGCCUCAGCUUGCAGUAGCCAGGCUCAUAUCAAUGGCUGGCCACCAAGAGAUUCAGGCAAUCUUCUCGGCCCGGAUUGACAAGGUUCCAAGCUGGAUCUUCCUGGGAUGGUUGCCACAACUGCUGGCUUUGAUGGACUCGAGAGAAGGCGGCCUUUUCAUUGGGAUACUGGAAAGCAUUGCGCAACACUUUCCACAGGUUCUCUACUUCCCGUUUCACGUCAGCAAAGAUCAGUAUGGAACUGUCGGCUUGGACAGGACUCGGAAGCUGGCAGCCACUCUGAAAAGUCCUCUCUUUGAAGGCCUUGUGAGAGCUCUCGAAGACCUUACCUUUCCCGAGAAGCGGCUGUUUGAUGGUCUCUGCGAAGUGAAGAGCUGCCUCAUGUCUGGCAAUCGUACCAAAGCUCGGGAGACAUUUCGAGCAGUCUUCGCGGACUGUUUGGACGUGGAAGCCAUGCGCAAUGAGACCAGACAGGCCGGAGAAUACAACGUCAAGUUUGCGAGGGACUACUCCAAGCCGGUUGUGAAGGCUCUUGGCGAAGACGGUAGCAAGCUCCUACAGAUGGACGAGAAGAAGUUUGCGACAGCCAUCGCUGGAGUCCUGACGAGCUUGCAGAAAGCUAUCAAGGACUUGCCCGGGGGGAAGUUAAGCCUGGCUUCCUUUUCAAAGUGGAUGGCAAACUUCGAUCAGCCAAGAGGACGCGGCAGCAGCAGCGAUGACUUGAUCGAGAUACCUGGACAGUAUGAUGGUUUGCAGUGCCCCGACGUUUCAUCGCACAUCACACUAGUUGGAUUCGACGAGACUCUGAUCGGCUUGAGCUCCAAGCAACGCCCAAAGAUCUUGACGAUGCGGGGAUCCGACGAGAAAGAGUACAAGUUCAUCGUCAAGGGUGGCGAGGACUUGCGGCUGGACCAGCGCAUCGAGCAGCUGUUUGCGAAGAUGAACAGCGUUCUCAGGGAAGACGGCGCGUGUGCCAAGCGAGAGCUCUCGAUGAGGACGUACGCCGUCAUCCCCGUCUCCCAGCAGUGUGGGCUGCUCCAGUUCGUGGACAACACCUGCGUUCUCGACGACGUGAUCAAGGAUGGAGUGGCCCAGCAGCUGGCGGCCGCAAAGCGGAAGGAGAAAGCGGGCGAUCUUCUGGUGGAGCUGAGGAACCAGUACCACCAGUGGGUGGAGAAGAAAGGCGGCUCCAAGAGCGUCCACGACUGCUACAAGAAUCUCUACACCAAGGUGAAGGCGGGGGAGAUGGAGGCGAGGAUGAACGCGCUCGUAGCUCAGGUGCCGUGGGAUGCUCUCAAGACGGGGCUGUACAAGCGAACGAGCAGCGCCGAGUCCUUCUUGGCGAUGCGCUCCCAGUUUGCUCGAAGCCUUUCGGUGAUGAGCAUCUGCGGAUACAUUGCCGGAGUUGGCGACAGGCACCUGGCCAACACUCUGAUCGACAUGCAAACAGGCUCGCUCGUUCCCAUCGACUUUGGCUACAGCUUUGGCACCGGAGUGAUCCUCCUCCCCGUCCCGGAGCUCAUCCCCUUCCGCCUCACGCCGCAGCUGACCAACGUUUUGCUGCCACUCGACUCGCUGGGACUGCUCAAGAACGACAUGGUCCGGGUCUUGAGCGCGCUCCACAAGAGCCGGCAGAUGAUAUGCGCGGUCAUGGACGUGUUCGUGAGGGAGCCGCUGGUGGACUGGAAGAAGGAGGCGGCGAGAACCGCGAGCAUCCGGGGUGGCGAGGAGGAGAGCCACGAGCAGCAGCACGUAGAGCUCAAGAUCGAGAACGCGCAGAGGAAGCUCGACCUGUGGAACCCAGCGCAUGUCACGCUCGGGGAGCUCCAGAGCUCGGUUCACGCCGGGACGCCGUGGAUGCAUGCGAUCGAGGCGGCGGUGCUGGGUGAUCCAGUUAAGAACACGAGGCGGCGGAUCGACAGGAAGAUCUGUGCGUCGGUGGAGGAACAGGUGGAUUGUUUGGUUGAUCAAGCCACCGAUCCAAAUCUCCUGGGGCGCCUCUGGGUGGGAUGGCAGUCAUGGAUGUAAUAUCCUCGACUGCCACAUAUAAUGCAAGAAUUAAGUUCAAGCGAUCCAUGCAAAGAAAAAUUCAACAGAGCUCACGACAUUAGCCAAGGUGGUCAAAAGUCUGUAAACCUUGUAAUUUUUUCCCUUUCCUUUCUGCUGCUUGCCCUAUUCGCAGGA